UGCACGUUGUAACUCCUUGCAUAAUUAUCCACAGAUAUAACAAUAUUAGGUUAUGAUCUAAGCUAAUCUCAUAAUAUUCAUAUAGUAGGAAAUCUACUUUAUCAGUUAUCUAUAGUCGUGAUAACGACCAUGCCGUGCCAACGACUGCCUAGCUUCUGAGGUUUUGUAAUAAUUCUCCGCGUUUUUGCAUUCAUCAUUGAUUAUCGUCAUUCGUUUCAAUAAAUAUUAAACGUUCUAUUUCACUUCUACGGAUUAUUUCUCAUUACUUAAUCGUAUUCGUGAUUUCAUAUGUUUUAAUAUUAAUAAUUGUUGUCAGUAAUCAUAUUAAUGUAUUAUACUCUUAUAGCAGAUAAUCAGUGAGUGUUCCAACUAUUAUAGAUUUUUCACCCUUUAAUUAUAAUAAUUAAGUUUAUCAGUUGAUGAGGAGUUCAAUGGUUAUCUAUGGGAAUAGGUAUGCAAUGUGAUUUAACGUCAACAACAUAAUACAAAAUAUUACACUAUAUAUGAGAGCUAUUUGAUUAAAAAUUGUAAACUCAACAAAAUGGAUUGUCAGGAUCUCACGGAGUUAAAAAUUGUUGUCCGUUCCGUUUUAGUUGCGUGCCAAAACUCCCUAACAGUUGAAGAGUUAUGGAAAAAAGUUACUUAUAUAUUUGGAAAACCACAACAACUACAGACACAAAUAUCUGGUUAUAGGACACCUUUUAAUUUUCUUAAAAGUAUACCAGAUGUUGUUCAGUUAGAUGAUCCAGAAGAUACAAACUCCAUAGUAAAUAUAAUAAGUUCAGAAUUGAGCAGGCAUAUGGAGCUAUUAGUUCCAACAAAUAUAACAAGACCACCUAAAUCUAAAAAUCAUCUUCAAGAAUUAUUAGUCCCAUACAGAACACAAUGUGCAUUUAUCAGAAUAUUAUAUGAAUUAUAUCCAGAAGGAUUGUCAAUAAGUGAUUUUGAAUCUGAUAUUUUAUGUAUUCCAAUAUUUCAGUCAUACAUCAAAUGUGUUGAUAAACUAUUGUCCAAUUUAGACCAUAUAUUUUUAAGAAAAGGAAGUGAAAUAAUAAGCUUGCAACCAAAUAUAAUAAACAGUUUGAAAGAAAUUGAAACAAAAGGUAAAUUUACAGCAAUGGAUAUAUGCAACAUUGAUGAAUAUUCAUUAGAAAAUAAAUAUGAUGAUAAACUAAUUUCAAAUGGACUGGAAUACCCAUUAUUUAAUAUUUUAGAAGAAUCAAUUAAAACUAAUAUUGAACAACUAUUAGAUGAAGUACCUGGUUGGAUAUCUGAUAGACAUAUGUGUAAUUUAUACAUUGAAAAAUUUGGUUCUGCAUUUACUCAUUAUAGACGAUGGGGUUUUACCAGAGUUAGUCAAAUGUUUUCUAAAUUACCAGAACUAUGCUGUGUUCAUUUCUCAAAUAAUGAAGUAGAAAUAUUUUCAACAAAAAAUCAUACUUGCGACAUUAAUAAAAAUAUAGACGUAUUAGAAGAUGAAAAUAAAAACUUAGAGUCCGGAUUUGUUUCUAUAAGUGUGAAAAAAAAAUAUGAUAAUAAAUCUGAUGAAAAUGAUGGAGUAUUAAAAAAGUUUUUGCGAAAUGAUCCAUACUUAGAAGCAUCUUUAAGUGAUUGUUUUUUGGAGGAAGAAAUUAAACAUUUUGAUCUGAAAAUCAAUAAUUUAUUUAAUGUCAAUGUUUGUGGAGUUAAUACAAGUAUUGUACCAUCUAUAAUAUGUCAAUGCAUUGAUCAAUAUCAGGAAUUUCAGAAGCUAUUAGUUGAUAUGAAAAACUUCUAUUUCAUAAAUGAUUCGCAAUUUUUAUUUGAUCCAAAUAUAACCAUGGUUAAACAAACAUAUGCAUAUUUUUUGGAUGAUUUUUGGUUUAGAGGAGUUGUUAUUGAUACCAACUUAGGUAUAAUAAAAAUGGUAAAUAUUGAUUAUGGUUCAAUGCAUACUAUUCCAUUGGAUGACAUCAGAUUACUGCAUGUACAGUUUGCCCAAUUACCAGCACAAUCAUUUACUUGUAAUUUACAUGGAAUAGAUUCUAUUGACGAAAAUGAGCUUUUGGGAAUAAUAGAUAAAAAAUGUACAAUUUAUGUUGUUUCUACUGAUCAACAAAAUAAAUCUGCAAGUGUCAAAAUUAAAUUUAUGGAUUCUAUAUCAGAUAAAUACUUAAAUGAUGAAUGGGUUGAAAAUGGUAUAGCCCAACCAGAUUCAGAUGAGGAAUAAUGAAGAUAUAAUUGUAUUACAUUUUUUUAUUUAGUUAUAAAGUAUAUUGUUAAUUAAAUUCCUAAGUUAUAAAUAUAGAACAAGGAAGUUUCUAUUA